GGACGCUUUUAGGUUUUGUCGAUUGCCUCCUCACGUUAACAAAAACCCUAACGCUAUCUUCUUUUUGCAAAACGCGCAGACAGAGCGAAGUCGUGAAAACGUUUCUAAUGGAGAUCUCUCGCACAGGUUCAUAGAUUUGAGUAGCCGUUGGAAUUUCUCACACACAGUCCCUCCUUCCCUCCCUUUUUUUCUACGCUGCAAAAUUCAACCUCCACCACCCUUUCAAUCUAUUGUUCACAUCUUCUCGAAGCUUGUUUCUUUAUCGGGUUGGAGCAAGCUCCGUAUCCAUGAAUCUAUUGUUCAUUCUUAUGCUAUGCAUGUGUUGCGUUGAUUGAAGGGCUGCCCGUAAGACACUGGGGCUUGUGGGUUUUUGUUUCCAGUGCAGGAACUUUAGGGAGGAUGGAUUCUGGACUGGGUCACACAUUGCAUCCUGGACCUAUUGAUGAUUCCGUACUUACCUUACAGGAUCAUCACAGAUCUACAGAUAUAUGGGAUGGUAAGGACUUUGAGCCUCUAACUUGUAGGAGAUGUGAUGGCCACUUUUGGCGCUUGGGUACAUUGGAUCCUCGAGUGCAGCAAAUGAUGUUGAAAGCAGGUUUUUAUGGGGUGUAUAAGGCUGGUCGCAUGCGGCUGGAUCAUGCUUUGAUCACAGCAUUGGUUGAGAGAUGGCGCCCGGAGACACAUACUUUCCAUUUGCCAGUUGGUGAGGCUACAGUUACACUUCAAGACAUUUCCGUAUUGUGGGGUCUCCCUGUAGAUGGUGAUCCUAUUACAGGUGUGGAUACCAAUCGGUCAAUGGAUGAAUGGCAGGACAUAUGUAAUGAGCUACUGGGAUUUAGACCGCCGCCUGAAGAUUUUGAUCGUGGACGGCUUAAGAUCCGAUGCUUACAGGAGAGGUUUAAAACAUUGCCUGAUGGUGCAUCAGAGGACACUGUGCAGUUUUAUGCCAGAGCCUACAUUUUGCAGCUGCUUGGGGGGCAGUUAUUGUCGGAUAUGUCAAAUAAUAAGGUAAAGUUGAUGUACUUGCCCCUGCUUAGGGAUUUUGAGGCAGCUGGCAGGCUAAGCUGGGGUGGAGCCGUUCUUGCUUGUUUGUACCGUGCUUUGUGCCGAGCUACUAAAGCUGAGACAUCAGAUAUAUGUGGGCCACUGGUUCUUUUGCAGAUUUGGGCGUGGGAGAGGGUGCCCUUCAUCCGCCCUGGGAGAUUAGCACCCCGCCAGCAGCCACCUCCUGACAUGGUUUCUGGGGAUCACCCUUUGCCUGCUGCCCCUUAUGGUUCCAGGUGGAAUGUUGGUUUCAAGCUGGAAACUGUCGGAACUCACGUUUUAGUCUUGUAUAGAGACCAGCUAGACAAUAUGAAGGAUGACCAGUUUGUGUGGGAGCCAUAUCCUGCUGAUGUCUUGGCCAGCCUCCCAGGGUAUUGCGUAUCAGGAAAACGAAUUUGGCAGACAGUGGCUCCUCUGAUCUGCUUUGAUGUGGUGGAGUUUCACCACCCUGACCGAGUACUGCGUCAAUUUGGGCAACAACAGACGGUUCCUGCAAUUUGUGACACUAUCCCUGACAUCCAUUUGACUGAUCGUCGGGGGAGACAAAAUUAUGAUUGGGCCCAUCAUCACAGGCAAUUUGUUGAUAUGUGGACCGAACGCUGUGCACGUGUUGUAACUGCACCUCCGGUUGAUGGUCCGAUGGAUCAGAAUGAUCCAUACAUGCUAUGGUACCGGCGAAUUACUCGCUUGUUGAUUGGUAAUCCUGCUACUCGUCCAAAUACCGGAUACCAGGGAGUUGGAGGUGCAAUGGAGGCAAUGGCCCAGAGCUUACAAAAAAUAUACCACCGUGCCACUGAUGCUAUGCAUGAAGGCUAUGAGGUAUCAGGGGAAGAUGUCCUUAGAGAGAUCCAGGAUAUAUGUGCAUACUCUCUGAGGGCAGCUCAUGAGGAUCACCGUCUCACCGUGCGCCCUGAUUUUAGAGCACCAUCUCCAGCUGGAUCCCCAUUUGCUCCCCCUAAAGUGCAAAGAGGUAGACCAAGGAAGAGAGGUGGGCUUGCUUGUGGACGAGCAACUGAGAGCCGGAAAAGAGUUUCAUAUGCCCCAACGAUGUCCACCUCAUCGGAUGUGUCUCAUUCUCUUAAGCCAUCAACUAUUCUUCAGGCACAUGUUGGUGAACUCCCAGAUACACCUCAGACAUGGGAUUCAUCACUGUGUGCACCUGAUUUCCAGGAUGCUUCAGAUCCAAACACAAUGCAAUUGGAUCCUGAAGCCACAGAUACAAAGUUAGCAUUAUCAUUGGAUUUUGCAGAAACCACAAACCCAAUAAUAGAUGCUCUUGGGAAGAUUCGUGAUAUUUGUGCAUUUGCUUUGAGAAUGAGCAAUGGAAACCAGACCAUGAUAUCAGAACAUGAUAUGAUUCCAGAUGAUCCUAAAACAAAGCGUUGUAAGCCAAGGAGGAGAGCUGGAGUGAGUGGAUACUUGGUUGGUGCAAAUUCAGGAGUCAAUUCAUAUUUUCCAUGUACCUCUGGAGCGUCAUCUCCAACACCAUCUGUUUCAUUGGGACCUAAUGGUUCUCCUUCACGUCCGCAAGAUUGUCAUGAACAGGCUGUCGAGCCUUUGGUAGCACCACUCUCAAGAGACUCUCCACUGCCAGAAUUGCAGGACAACUUACAGUUGGAGAUGAUAGAGUUGGAUACUAUAACUGGAAGUAGAGAAGCUUCACCAUCUCCUGUCAACCCAUCUAUGCUAGAUAUCCCAUGUGAACCACCAGGUGAUCAGGACUCUGUUCUACCAUUGACAGACGUAAAAAGCUUCUCACAGGAGGAUAAUGUGCCAAUGGUGACAGACUCUGCAGAUACCCCACAACCUGUCACUGUGCUAGAAGAGAAUGGAGGAGGUACUGAAGUCUUGCCACCCAUACCUGCACCUCAUGCAACAACACCAUGUCUACCGGCUCCGGUACAACCAGACUAUGGGGACCCUACAAAGUUUAAUGAGUCUCCUUCCUCUCCUCUGGUUGAUGUUGGUGCCUCACAGGGUGCCCAACUGGAACCUGAAGUGUCAACUGUCCGACCAGACCCUAACGAGGUGGUUACGGAUGUCAAUGGACCAGAAACCAAAUCCAUCCCUGGACCUCCUGUAUUGGAGCCCCAAGGAGCUCAGACUUUAACACCAUCAGACUUGGCCAGCCCCAUGACAGAAGACUCGAAGCUCUCGUCUCAGCAGGAUGAUAAGGAAAUCCCUGAACCUUCGCCAGUGCCUCAAGUAUCAUUCAGUCAUCCUGUUUCUGAUGAAACGAUGAGGGUGGAUGGGCCAGACACUGAUUCUACAGGAGGCGGUGAUGGCAAGAGAAAAGAGCAGGAAACAAAUAAAGUAAGUGAUUCUUCACCCAAUCCAGAAACUGUUCACAAUCAUGGAAAAUCACCGCUCAAGUCUUGGCACGAGGGAGCAUCCCAGGUCACUGAGACUGAUACUGCAACAGCCAGAGAUGAUGUGCAGAGGAAGUACAAGAGACAAAGGCGUUCUGCUCCAAAACAGAGGUAGUUGUAGUAUCCUACUGUGCAAACCUUUUUACCCUUAUGAUAAUUGGAUUAUGGUGAUAGACUUAGUUUGUACUUAAGGAAGUGCUCUACAAAAGGUUGCAUUUUAUCCAGUUGAGUUCUUCAGUACUGGUGCUCAGUUUUUUGAAGCAUUUCUCAGCUUCCUGAGUCAUCUCUUCUCUAACAAUGGAUUUACAUUACUGAAGUUUUA